AUGUACAGUCUGCUGGAGCACGAGAGCCAGAGCCAGGGUCUGUCCCCUCUGAACAGCGGGCCCCAGCACCACGCCUCUAAGGGCCCCUGUGCCCCUGACAGCGACCCCAUGGACAAGGUGAAGCGGCCCAUGAAUGCCUUCAUGGUGUGGUCCCGCGGGCAGCGCCGGAAGAUGGCUCAGGAGAACCCCAAGAUGCACAACUCUGAGAUCAGUAAGCGCCUGGGGGCCGAGUGGAAGCUGCUGAGCGACGCAGACAAGAGGCCCUUCAUAGACGAGGCCAAGCGCCUGAGGGCCGUGCACAUGAAGGACUACCCAGACUACAAGUACAAGCCGCGCAGGAAGAGCAAGCCGCUGCUCAAGAAGGACUGUCCCGGGGCCAAGUUCCCUCUGGCCCCUGGGGGCCUCCUGUCCCCACACAGCGCCCAGGGACAGAGCUCCAGCCCCCGCAUGGACGCUUACGGCUGGGGCCCCACGGGGGGGUACGGGGGCAUGCAGGGGGACAUGAGCUACACGCAGCAGCUGCAUCGGUACGACCUGUCCGCGCUGCAGUACAACAGCCUCAGCCCCAUGGGCCCCAUGAGCCCCGGGGUCAGCCAGGGCUACAUGCCCGGGGCCAACUCCUACAGCCCGCUGUCCUACAGCCCUCAGCCUCCCGCCCCCAUGCCCGUCUCCAUGGUGAAGCCUGAGGCUUCCCCUCCCCCCUCCCACCACCGGGGGGCGCUGCAGGGCGACCUGCGUGACAUGAUCAGCAUGUACAUCCCCAACAGCACAGGAGACGCUCAAGAGGCUCACAGAGGCUACAGCACUGUGCAGCCGCACUACCUGAGCCCCGGCAGCGUCCCACUGACGCACAUCUGA